AUCGCUCUGGCAACAGGUAGGGGGUCACAGAAAAGGGUGUGGACAGAAUUUACAAGUAAAAAGCCUUGGUUUUUGAAAAAGAACCACUACAGAAACAUGAGUUAGGUCUUUUAUUUUUUGCUGUAGUGAAAUCAGCUGACCUACACGGUGUUCGUGGUCACGUGACAGCAAGCAGGAGGACACAAGAAAGCGAUUAACACACAGGAUGAUUGUAGUUUGAGGUCUGAGGAGGACUGUCGGGUUACCAGCUAUAUUUCGUGCUGUCACAGCAUGUCCGUUUGCGAUAUGGACUUUAUGAGGUUUAUAUAGCUGGUGUUUGCAUUUCAGGGGCUGUUGUUGUGCUAUCGUGCCUGCAGCAUCACCAUAAGCUUUUGAUCAGGGAAGCUUUUGAUCAGUGAAACUAUCAGUGGCAAAUUACACCCCACCAAAGCAGCCAUGAGCUCUGAUAUCAACUAUCAGGAUGGCCCAAAGUUUUCUAGAAGAGAUGAGAGUCCUGCUGAGGAUGAGCCUAACCAUUCACCUAGUUCCCCACGGCAGACCGAAUAUGAGCGAAUUGGAGGAAGAACAGGAUCCUCUUUUUUUCAGACCUUAAUUCAUUUACUGAAAGGAAAUAUUGGUACUGGACUGCUCGGCUUGCCUCUUGCUGUCAGGAAUGCAGGACUACUGGUGGGGCCUUUAAGUCUUCUGGCCAUGGGUAUUGUGGCUGUACACUGUAUGAACAUCCUUGUGAAAUGUGCACAUCAUCUAAGUGCAAAGUUGGGCAAGCCUUUUCUAUCCUAUGGUGAUGCAGUGGAGUAUGGAAUGGAGAAUGUACAGUGUCUAAGUAGACACUCUUUGUGGGGAAGGCGUGUGGUGAAUCUGUUCCUCAAUAUAACUCAGCUGGGGUUCUGCUGUGUGUACUUUGUGUUUCUCAGUGACAAUGUCAAACAGGUUGUUGAGACCGCCAAUGGUACGAGCGUGAACUGUCAGAACAACGAGACAGCCGUGAUUGUUCCCAGCUAUGACUCUCGCCUUUAUAUGCUAUUCUUCCUGCCUUUUGUCAUCUUGUUGGUGUUUAUCCGCAACCUCAAGUACUUAGCUCCUCUGUCCUUUAUAGCAAACGUGUCCAUGUCUGUCAGCCUGGUCCUCAUAUACUACUAUUGUUUGACGAAUAUCCCAUACCCCAUUGACCUUCCAUUGGCGGGACGAGGAGUUGACUAUCCUCUAUUCUUUGGAACAGCAAUAUUUGCCUUUGAGGGAAUUGGAGUUGUAUUGCCACUUGAGAAUAAGAUGCAGAAUCCCAGAAAGUUCCCCAUGGUUCUGUGUCUGGGCAUGGGUAUCGUCACCACCCUCUACAUCUCUUUGGGCACCAUUGGCUAUAUUGGCUUUGGAGAGAAUAUCCGGGGCAGCAUAACUUUAAAUUUACCUUUGUGUUGGUUAUAUCAGAUCGUGAAGCUGCUUUACUCUUUUGGAAUCUACAUCACAUAUGCUCUACAGUUCUAUGUGUCAGCAGAAAUUCUCAUCCCGCCAGCAGUGGCGCGGUGCAAUCCCAGGUGGGCGUUGGUGGUGGACAUCAGCAUCCGCGUGGCUCUCGUAGGCCUCACAUGUGCUCUCGCCGUAUUGAUUCCAGAGCUGGACCUUGUGAUAUCUCUGGUGGGUUCAGUGAGCAGCAGUGCUCUCGCCCUCAUCAUCCCACCCCUGCUUCAUAUUAUGACCUUCCAUAAUGAAGACUUGAAGGUUUGGGUGAAGGUCAAGGAUAUUGCCAUCAGUCUCAUUGGCUUGGUGGGCUUUGUGGCGGGCACCUACAUUUCCAUCCAGGAGAUUCUCACUCGCAGCAGUGCCAGACACAACACUACACACCUUCAUUUACUGUAAAUGUUGACAGAGUGACAGAUUAAAUAUAGAGUGUAUAGACUCACUGAAUCAUUUACUCACUGCAUGGUCCUUUGAUUUCUGCUGAAUUCCACUUGAGAUUUAUUUUAAGGAGCAUUCUUAGAUUCUCAUGGAUUGUAAUAUUAUUUUGUCUUUGACAUUUUUCAGUUUCUCAACUUUUUUGUUUAGUUUUUAAGUGUAAAAAAAGCAGCUCAUUUAUACACAAACCUUUGGAUCAAACAUGGCCUUUUAACUAAAUGUUACGAUUAAUGUAAAUGGAACGAUCUCAAUUGUCUUAAUUUCUUGUUUACAUGGUCUCAAUAUCAUGAAUGUGUUCUCACCGGGCACGUGUUUGUUUACACUUUUUUUUGGAUUUACCAGUUUGGCAAAGAAGUUCUAUUUACUCAUUCGAAUUGUUUACUCAAGUUUAUAAGAAAAAGAAUGGACAUAGACAGUAUUUUUGCUUGUUAUUGUUUUUUAGUUUUCUUAAGGCUUGUUUCCAAGGCUUUACUGUUUUACUGUUUGUCUGUGUGCUACGAACAAGUCUAGGGUAGCUCACCCUAGACUUGUUUUUAGAUGAAGCAGAAAAUUGGAACAUAAUACCCUCAAGAUGUGCCAUUAUUAUCAGAAUCAUUAAAUCAAGAGCGGUCCAAAAUGAAUAUACCAAUGGUCCUGAAAUAGGGUAAUCUAAACACAUUUUCUUCUUAUUACACCAUUUUCUGUUUUACUUCUGUUUAUUCAUUGACACAUUUAAACUAAAGUAUAUCAAUAUUUUAAUUAUGUAAUUUCUUAUAACACAUUAGACUUAUCUUAGUUUAAUAUGGAUUUUACGGAAGCUCAAAGAGGCCUUGCGUUAUUAUUAUUUUUCUGUCUCGUUUUCUCGUGAUCUCGACAUAACAAAAGUUGUUUUCUCGUGAUCAUAACUUAAUUUUCUCGUGAUCUCGGCAUAACAAAACGUUGUUUUCAAUAAGUCUAUCUGGAGGCAACAGCUAAACGCACUGUUGCAUAACGGAUGACCGAAUACGUCAUUACUUUGAUAAAGGACACACUCAAGCUGAAAUAGCAGUAUGUCUCUCAGUCAUUGACAACAUCCAGAUUAGUGUCAGACAACUUAGAAGAAGACUACCACGUCUACAACUUUGUCGUAGACAAUACAGUGACCCUGAACGUUUGGUCAAUUUCAUUGCCAUCUAACUUGAGGGACCGGGACGUCUGCAUGACUGCGGUCAAGCCAGCCGCGAUUUAGAUCCGAGUGCGCGCAUAUUGCAGUAAUGAUGGUACUUUGCGGAAAGCACAGAAAGACUUUCUUCUUGACUCCUGUUGAGUGCGGAAGAAAGCGAGUCUUACUAUAUUGAUAAAAAGAGUUUAUUAAGUGUUUGUGACGUGCUGCCUGGUGUUUAUUAAUAUGUUUGAUUUAGCCUAUGUGAAAGGUGACUGGUUUAGAAGACUCUUGGAUAGGGCAGGUGAAUAUUUUAUAACCGAAGUGUAAUGAAUUAACAUAACUUUACAUUUACAUAUUACAUAUAAUACAUUUUACUUUUCUGCCAAGGAUCUCCAAUUGUCCUUCAUACCUUGUAAUAAACUUUGAAUUGUAAGUCAUGUAGGUCAAUUAAAACUGUAUUGUUUUUUGAGAAAAUUAAAGGCAAAAACAACUUUUUAUUAUGUCAUGAUCACGAGAAAACAACCUUUGUUAUGUCGAGAUCACGAGAAAACGAGACAGAAAAAUAAUAACGCAAGGCCUCUUUGAGCUUCCGUACAAUUGUGCUGUACUGUAUAUAAAGUCAUUGUCACCUCUAGUUUGAAAGUUCACUCCAGAUGUCAUGAAGUUUGGCACAUGAAACACAUUCAUUUUAGGCAAAUCAACAGGAGGUUACCAACGUUAAAAAAGUUUAUAUAUAUAUAUAUAUAUAUAUAUAUAUAUAUAUAUAGAGGCAACUCAAUGCUGGUACUGUUGUUAAACACUUUACUUGAGGUACUUUUUUUUCUUCAUUUAUUUGCUUUGCAAAUUUGCUGUAUAUAUUGAUGGCUGUGCCACAUUUGUAGAUUGGAGAUAAUUUUUUUUAUUAUUUUUUAAUCAUUUACUGUAUCAACUUGGAAUAUAACUUAACUACAGUUGUUGAAAUUGCAGUGUUAGGCUAUGGAUUUCGUCUUUGUAGUUUCAUGGAUUUUGGCCUUAUUGUACAUACUGCACAUUGUAAGUCUUUUGUCCAUGCUCAACCUGUCCUAAAUGAAACUUUUCCUCCAUUUUUGAUGUUGUACACAAUAAAGAGGAUAUUUCAGGGUUGGAUCCAUCUAGGAAGAUGAAAAAAAUGUCUCAUAAUUGUAAUGUACUUAUUGUAGUACUGGUGCUUUGUUUGCUGAAUGUCAACAAUGAAAACCAGUUUACUUUUCCAUAUUGUGUCUUUCCUGUAAAGCAGACUGCACACCCUAAGAGUUGUUUGUGCUUUUUGGAAGUUCCUGAGAUUGCCUUAAUGUUUGUAAGAGUACUGCCACUGAGUCCCAGUUCUUCAGGUUGUUUAUCCUUGGUUUUUACUCACUACAUAUAAGAAGUAGAGCAAAACACAUGCAAUAGGAAAAAUACAUUUUAGACUCCCAAACAUUUCUUUUGCAAAUAGAAAAGAUUAGAAUAGAAGAACAGGGUGCUCUGCAAGAGAUGACAGAGCCCCCCAUUGAACAUUGGGUCAGUCUGAGAUAACAUGAAGAUACAGAAGCAAUUGAGACAACCGAAAUAGAUAGAAGAACUGUGGCAAAUUCUCCAAGAAGCUUGGAACAUCAUAUCUGUCAACAACCAAGAAAAACUCUGUCCAGGUGAACCUAGGAAAUAUUGAUUUAGAUUUUGUAUGUUUACUGGACUUUGUAUGAUGUUAAUUGAUCAAU